AUGAAAGCGGUUGUCUAUUUUACAGCCCUUCUAGUCUCAUUGACACAAGCACAGACGUGCCAGAAGGUGGAGUGUUCUAAAAACCACAAAGCAUGUUCAACUGUUUCAGGCACAUCAGUCACUGUGAAUCCUGAAUUCUGAGAGGACAAUAAGGUCUGACAUUACAAUACUGAAUUUUCACAUUCAGAAUGAAUGCACAAACUUAGUGACCCAAAGGCAGAGAUGUUCCUUUACCCUGGCUAUUACUGCGGGUAUUACCAAGCAAACGUUGGAAGUGUUAGCUUCUAUGAUAAAGCAAAGUGUGUAUUUGGUGAAAAAGUCUGUGGGCCCACAGUGUCUGCUGCUGAAUUCAACAAGAAAGAGGACUCCUUCUACGUCUGUCAGGGAAAACACACUUAUGAUCAAUGUGAGAGACACUCUGAUUGAUAUACUUAUGGUAAUAAGGAAUAUGACAAUGAAAGAGGUAAAUUUGUCUAUAAGGGAAAUUUUUGUGAUUCAGGCAGAUGUACACCUGAAGUCGGCAUCGGCCACUAUUGCAAAGCACAUGAAGCAUGAGGAAGAGAUGGAUUCUGCCUCUUCCCUGAUGCUACACUUGAUUUUGGGUACUGUGUCGAGUAUGGGUCUGUGGAGAGCAACGGAGCUCAGGUGCAGGCAAACAGAAGCGGAGCUUUCCUCUACCAGCAGCACUCUGAAAAGGUGUGAAAGUCCGGAUUUCUAGACUCAACCAAUGGCAAAUGUAAAAAUGGGCCUCAAUCCGUCAACAAAGGGAAUACAUGCUCGUCUGAUGCUGAUUGCCCCAAUACGGACUCGACUACCUCAUCAUGCAAGUGCUCGUUAGAUGGAAACAAAUACUGAGACAUUUCUGGAGGUGAUGAGGAAUGGACCAAUGUCAUCACCAAAUUCCAUAAAUAUCUUAACAAAACUCCUGAGUUUCACCCUUCUGAGAUGUGGGGACCCUGAAUGGACACUCCUGAAUAUAAGGACUGGUACUGAGCUGAGUUUGAAGCGAAGCACUAUGUUGAGCUGCUCAAGAAGCCCGACUGAUUUGAAAAAGUCAUGAAAUACCAUCAUGAUUACGGAGAGUACUACAAAGUUUGACUCAGAGGCUCCUUCGUGACCCCUAUAGUAGCCAUAGCAGCGGUAGUGGUAACAUAUGUAGGAAUGAUAUAAACCUUGCCAGAG